GGAACUCCCGUGGCGAAGUAGUCGCUCGCGAUACCACAGGUCGAGAAGUUUUGCAGGAGCAGGUACUCUGCCGUCCCUGUGGCCAUCUAUACGCUUUCGAUAUUGGCCCACUUGCUCUUUCUCUGUGGCACGAUCAUGGCAUUCGCGUUACCAACGCUGUGGAUAUCCAAUCUGCAGGCUCUCCAAAAACUCGCCAGCCGCUCGCGUCAAUAAGAAUUGCUGUAGGAGAUAAUUACGAAAUCCAUAAAGAUAACAUCAAUGAGAUCUUCGACGAUGUCGCGCAUGACCCUCGAAACUUUACCCCACUCGCUCUUAGAGCUUGGGUUUCGCACCACGUCUCUCAGCUGUCCUUCAUGGAAGAUAGGCUGGCUAAAGUGCCAGUUGUACAUACUACGAAUUUCACUGACGAAGUUCUUAGCUUCCUUGCCAAAAGUACCCAAGAUUCAUUCAGACUUGACCAGAUGAAGCCUACAGUACAAACGCACAAAUUCAAUACUACUUGGAAUGACCAGAAAAACCACCUCAAAGCUACUGCAGACCGCUAUCAAAACGUGAUACGGAAAUCCGGAAAUCAAACUGUUCGUGUUACAGUAGAAGACCCGUCUACUGCCGGAAAAUAUAAACUCCAAGGUACUGUCGCAAACGCAAUGGGCAGCGGUGCAAAUCUCGCUCUGUCAGGCAAUCUGGGCGGGAAAAUGAUUGGUACAAUCACAACUAUCGGCCGUGACGGUCCAACCGCAGCAGAUUCGGCCAGAACCAUAGCCAUUCUCCAGUUCUUGCAGGGCAAGAAGAAGAUCAAGCAGGAGAACCCUUGGAUCGAAAGGAUUUGGCUCAUGUCGGACGAAUUUAAGUGGCCCGAAGUAUGGUCUGCUGAACCUCAAAUUUCUUCUCGUUUUAACCCGAAAAGUGCAUCAAGGCCAUUAAAUUCAUCCCAAACAUCUGCCGUAGAACAUAUGUUAUCACAAACGAACGACACUAGAAUUACUCUGAUUCAGGGCCCGCCUGGAACUGGCAAGACUACAGUCAUUGCAAGUUUUGUCCAGGCUGCACUGCGGAGGGGACAAAACGGCAUUUGGUUAGUGGCUCAAUCCAACGUCGCGGUGAAAAACAUCGCAGAGAAGCUUGCCGAUUUUGGCAUCCUCGAUUGGAAGCUCUUUGUAUCUAAUGAUUUUAUUGAGUUCUGGCACGAACAUCUGUAUACCGACAUCAGGUCUAAUGUCAUUCUUGGCGACGAGUUAUUAGAUCCUGGAAUAGUGAAAGAUCUAACUAAUUGUCGUGUUAUUCUGUGCACCCUCAGCAUGUUGUCAAAACGUGCUUUAAGGGACCGCGGUAUUACCCGAGUAGUCCCGCUCAGUACCUUAGUAGUUGAUGAAGCAUCACAGAUAGAACUUGGUGGUUAUAUUCCUGUUUUUAAUUUGUUUACUUCUAUCCGCAAAGUCUGCUUCAUUGGAGACGACAAACAAUUACCUCCGUACGGUCAAGAGGAUAUCCAAGACUUGAAAAGCGUAUUCGAGGUUGAACACUUACACAGCGACACAAUCUUUCUUGAUACACAGUACCGCAUGCCGCCUCAGGUCGGCGACUUCAUAUCACAAGCUAUCUAUGAUGGCAAGUUACAAUCUAACGAGUUUCACCAAGUCACGACAGAUAGCAUGGCAUGCUACUUCGUGGAUGUAAGUCUGGGUCAAGAAGAAUCUUUUGGAACGAGUUGGAAGAACGCCGAAGAGUGCAAGGCGGUAUUGCAGAUUGCAACAAUCCUGG